AUGCUUCGCCUCAUCGAUUCGAUCAGCGAUAAUUGUACUGUAAAGACUGCUCUUUACGGUGCACUUCUCUUGGGUGUCUACAAACUCACAACUUUUGCUCUUAGCUUGGUCUCGUUAGUCUUGGAUUUAUGGGUACUUCCACCAGUGAAUUUUGCCAAGUAUGGUGCUAAAAAGGGAAAAUGGGCUGUGAUUACAGGAGCUUCCGACGGUAUUGGAAAGGAGUACGCCACUCAAUUGGCCGCCAAGGGUUUGAAUGUGGUCUUGGUUUCGAGAACUGAAUCCAAAUUGGUUGCUCUUGCCGAAGAAAUCGAGUCCAAGUAUAAGGUCAGUACCAAGGUUCUUGCAUUUGAUGUAUCGUUAGAUGCUGAGUCAAGCUAUGAGGAUUUAGCAGCUACCAUCGCUGACCUUCCUGUGACGGUGCUUGUGAAUAACGUGGGGCAAUCUCAUUCGAUUCCUGUUCCUUUCCUUGAAACCGACGAAAAGGAAUUGCGUAAUAUUAUUACCAUCAACAAUACCGCUACCUUGAAGAUUACUCAGGUGGUGGCUCCAAAGAUUGUGCACACUGUGGCCAGUGAAAAGAAGAAAACUAGGGGUCUUAUUUUGACAAUGGGUUCAUUCGGUGGCUUGUUACCAACACCAUACUUGGCUACCUAUUCAGGCUCCAAGGCAUUCUUACAAUCAUGGUCCAACGCUUUAAGUGGAGAGUUGCAACCUCAAGGUGUGGAUGUGGAGUUGGUAAUUUCUUAUUUGGUCACCUCUGCAAUGUCAAAGAUUAGACGCUCUUCUGCCUCGAUCCCCAACCCAAAGGCAUUUGUCAAAUCUGUCUUGCGCAACGUUGGGCGCCGUGUUGGUGCCCAGGAACGUUUUGGAACCACCACCCCUUACUGGGCUCAUGCUUUUAUGCACUUUGGCAUUGUGAACUCUGUUGGUGUUUACUCCAAAAUUGCAAACUCGUUGAACUUGGGAAUGCACAAAAGUAUUCGUAGCCGUGCGUUGAAAAAGGCUGCGAGACAAAAGAAGGAUUAG